AUCCGGUUUGUGUCUGCAGAGCUGCUGGAUGCGGUGGAGGAAAUUCUGCCGGCGCUCAGGGAUCAGGGCAUCCAGGUGUUCCUCCUGUCGGAUCGCUGCAGCGUUGAAGGCAUCACCGCUUUGUCUGACAAGAUCGCCGAAGCCUCCGACCGGCCGCUGCCUCCGGAGCUGCGGGCCAACAUCCACAUCCGCAGCACUGCGCUCUACAUCUACACGUCCGGCACCACCGGUUUGCCUAAAGCAGCUGUUAUCACCCAUGAGAGGAUGUGGGCCGCGUCCUUCGUCCAGGCAUCGGGUGGAACCACAGCAGACGACAUUUUCUACAUCAACCUGCCUCUGUACCACAGCGCCGGCUUCCUCAUCGGGAUGACCGGAGGCAUCAAGGAGGAGCCGGUCAGAAACUCGGAGGGUCUGUGCAUCAAAGCAGAAACCGGUGAAACUGGGCUUUUGGUUGGAGAAAUAACUCGGCGGUCUCCAUUUGUCGGCUACGCCGGCAACAAGCAGCAGACGGAGAAGAAGAGACUUUAUGACGUCAUGAAAAAAGGCGAUCUGUACUUCAACACCGGCGACCUGCUUCGGUUCGACCACGAAAAGUUUAUUUAUUUUCAGGACCGAGUGGGCGACACGUUCAGGUGGAAAGGUGAAAACGUCGCCACGUCAGAGGUGGCAGACAUCCUCACUUUGGCUGCCUGCAUCUUAGAAGCAAAUGUUUAUGGCGUUAAAGUGGAAGGUCACGAGGGUCGGAUCGGCAUGGCGGCCGUCACUUUGAAAGAAGGAGAAACCUUCGACUCCGCAGACGUCUACAAGCAAGUCGUCUCCUACCUGCCGGCCUACGCAAGACCCAGGUUCCUACGGGUUCAGCCGUCCCUGGAGAUGACGGGGACGUUCAAGAUGAAGAAGGUGAAGCUGGUGGAGGACGGAUUCAACCCCGCGCUCAUCAGCGACCCGCUUUACUUCCUGGACCCGGACCAGAAGACGUACGUCCCUCUGACGGAGGAGAUCCACGGCGCCAUCGCUGCAGGGAAAAUGAAGCUCUAAC